AUGGCUCUGGUUUUGUUUGCUCCUGUUCUGGUUGAGAGGUGGCUUGUUCCUACUCCUCCCGAGCAGCCGCCGCUGGCCAUUACUCUAGAUCUGCUAGAUGUGGCUCUUAUGCCCGAACCUCCUGACCCUCCCGGCUCUCUCCUCGCACCAGAUCUUCCCUUUUCUCUAUGUAGAGUCCUUAUCUCUAUAGUUGAUGUGGUUCCUCUGUCUCUCUCCAGCUCGACAAUCUAUACCUUUCUCGGUCUGUUGGUCGUGUCCUUUGGAGGGAUCUUAGGCAUGCUCAUGUCUCUUCCUUAUGCGGUUUGCAGCUUCCGGAUCUACAUGCCUCUCCGGGUAAAAUUUCAACUUUUAUCAUUGCAAUGUUGUACCGCCGAUUUGGGCAUGUUAUUACUUGGCUUGUUAAAAUCCUUGUCCUCUAAUUCGAGCCUGGAGAGACCACCACCACCACCCUUUUACCGCGCCAUAUUGAUAGUCUCGCUGGGCCCAUCCAUCUGGCAUCCACAUCUCCAACCACCAUUGAUAAACUUCUUCCCUCCCGGAGAUAGUCUCAAACCCGACCUGGUGAGUCUCCGGUUUUACAUAGCCAUUCAUCCAUCCCUCCGGUUCAGCUAUCGGAUAAGGCUGCCUCUUCCCAAAAUCUCGGUAUCGCUGCCGAAGUGCCGAUACACAUCCGGCGAGGAGUGUUUUUGGGCUGUUCAUCAACUAUUAAGUGGGCUUCUUAGCCAAUAG